AUGGUGGGAGUCAGUGGCAGGAAUUGUGGUAGUCAGUGGCAGGAAUGGUGGGAGUCAGUGGCAGGAAUGGUGGGAGUCAGUGGCAGGAAUGGUGGGAGUCUGUGGAAGGAAUGGUGGGAGUCUGUGGAAGGAAUGUUGGGAGUCAGUGGCAGGAAUGGUGGGAGUCAGUGGCAGGAAUGGUGGGAGUCAGUGGCAGGAUUGGUGGGAGCCAGUGGUAGGAAUGGUGGGAGUCAGUGGCAGGAAUGGUGGGAGUCAGUGGCAGGAAUGGUGGGAGUCAGUGGCAGGAAUGGUGGGAGUCCAUACCACAAUCGCAGUGAGAAUUUCAAUCCUCUUGAUUUGAAAGAUUGUAGCUACAGCAGUUGUCUUCCCAAAGGCCGGAUUGGAAAAAUAUUAUGCUGGCAAAGCUACGAGUAUGCUGUCUGCGCCAAGAAAAUUAUCCGUGAUAUGGCUUGUGACAAAGAUAAAUACGAGGCCGCCAAACGCUUGUCGAACGAACUGGAACGAAACAGAGAAUCUCAACGAUGUGGAUACUAUUUGAAUGAAAGCUCAAAAACGGGUUUUUCGUUUGACCUAAGCAGAUCAGAACUCUUACCCUGCUAUGAAUUUUAUGACUACCACCAGCCUGAUACUCGGUAUUGCCAGUUUUAUCUUGAUUGCCUGGGGUCAGAAGAAGGCAUAGAUUGCUGGGACAUGCUUGAGCCUUUGGCUUGUAUCGAGCUUUCCAUAAGACAAGAAUACUGCCGGAAAUAUAUUGGCCGAGAUGUUUUAAAGUGGUACAGAAUAUAUCAAGAUAGAGGAGAUUUCGACCGCUGUAAAUAUGGUAUAAGCCCCGAAGACGAUAUGGCAAGAAGAUGGAUCGAAAACAAACAUCACAUGUGGUGCUACAACCUUAGCAAUAACAUGGGUGUAGCAUUUUCGGUGAAAGGACAACAAAGUGCGUUUCACAAAGGAAGUUCUUGGAUUGUACUAGUGGCAGUGUUGGUCAUCACCUGUUAUUCGACUGGCUGA